AGGUAAAUAUGGCCGCUUUGAGGCCUGAGCUCCAAAACCUAUUGGAUAAGCAGCUCAGAAACAGCGACUUCUCAGGAGUUAAACACAAAAAACGUCAGCUUACAUAUUUAGCAAACGAAGUCGCUGAUUAUGGCUUAUGUCGAGAAAGCGGCGGAGUAAAAGAAGCGAAACAGUGUUGUCCUGCAUCUCCACGGGCGCUGGGUAAUUCAUCCCUUAACACUGGCUUCGUGCAGUCUUCAUUUCACAGUGAUUUAAAACAUGCCAGUGGGGAUGGUUCAGUGUUGUCUAAGCAGUGUGUUCAAAAGCUAAGUGUUAUUUCCAAAGAAAAUAAAUGUGAACUGGUUUGGUCUGAGACCGAAGAAGACUUGGACUUGUCACGAAGCAAAUUGUGCAAUGAAAAUUCGGGGCAUGGACUUCAGGUACAAACUGAGGAACAAUGUACAGAAGAUUUGAGCUUAGCUGGGGACACGAUACAACAGGAACACCCACAGGCAAAAGAUGAGGACGAGAUUACGGACAUGAGCAUGGAGAUGGAGUGUGAUGGGGCAAUCAAGACAGAUGAAGAGAAGAAAGGAGAGGACACUGCAGGAGAAGAUGGGCAACCUGUAAUAGAACAGGAGUUAAAUGAAAAGGCUAAAGGUGGGGACAUGGGGGGUGUGGAGGAGGAGAGGGAGGAGAGGUGUCGCAAGACAAAUGCCACAGUGAAGCAAAGGAAGAGCCAUCGGGAAUGCCGUGAUUGUGGCAAGAAGUUCACUCGGCGGGAGACGUACAACCUGCACCGACAUUUCCACAUGCAUCAAGAUGAGCAGGCAUCUCUCACCUGCAGGGAAUGCGGCCUCACCUUUCAGCAUCGCAGCAGCCUCAUCAAGCACCGCAGCGAGCACAAACUGAACGGCAUGCCACCUUCGCUGCCGGCUCCACAAAGACGCUCGAAGCAAAGGGAGAUGAAGGAAGAAAGGGGCCUGUACUGUGAGCACUGUGGUGAGCGUUUCGCAUCACUGGUCAGAUACAGACUCCAUGCAUGUCAGCAGAACCUGGAGAAGCCUUACCGCUGUCCCCUGUGCCGCAGGGAGUUCCAGUACAGGGUGUCCAUCAAUGCCCACAUGCAGAGCCACUCGUUGGAGAGCCCUUACCGGUGCCUUGAGUGCAACAAGGGCUUUCAGUGCGCGGUGACUCUGCACAUCCACCAGCGCUCCCAUGCCGCCCUCAAACCGUAUGAAUGCCCUGACUGCGGCAUGGUCUUCAGGCACCGCUCGUUCAUGGAGGACCACCGCCGCAGGCACACGGAGGAAACACCGCACCAGUGCAACAUAUGUGGGAAAAGCUUCAAACACGGCAGCCUCCUGCAACAGCACCGGUAUCUUCACACUGGGCAAAAGCCAUAUCGGUGCUCAGACUGCGGGAAGAGGUUCGCAUUUGCACAAAACAUGCGUGCACAUUGUCGCCAGCAUAAGAGAAACUCUGGCUCCACUAGUCCAGAGGCACAUAUUCCCAAUUACGAUGUGCCUAAUGGGACCAGUUUAGAGACAGUAGGUAAAGAGAACACAAACCAUGACAUCAAGCAACAGCGUAACUGUCCUCUGUGCCCACAGCUCUUUUACAAAGCAGCUGACCUUAGGAUGCACAUGUUAAUACAUGAAGCAGAAUAUGAAAAAUUAAGUAAUGGCAAGAAACAUGAUCAGGUUUAUGCCUGUGCAUACUGUCCACUUAAAUUUUUGGAUGAAUCCACUUUACAGUCCCAUGCUUUCACUCAUGAGGUGAUACCAGCGCCUUUGAAGAGGGAGGUUCUCAGUGUAGCACGAGCAAGCAGUAUUGAUAACAUGUCAGGAGGAGGGGACUGGGGAGACCAUGCCGAGAAGAAACCUUUGAAAUGCAGAGAAUGUGGAAAAAGCUUCCAUUACCGUUCAGUUUUGGAGCUUCACAUGCGCAUACAUAACAAGGGAUAUCAGUGCCAUGUUUGUAAAAAGUCUUUCAGAUUUAGCAGCUACUUGCAGCAGCACUUAAUCAUUCAUUCUGGGAAGAAGCCGUACAAGUGCCCAGACUGUGGUAAGGACUUUGCGUUUCUUCAGAACAUGAAGACUCACCAGAGACUGCACCAACAGAAGCCUUUCCGCUGCACACAGUGCCGCAAGGGCUACAGCGACGAGGUUCAACUGCAGCGCCACAUGCUUUCUCACUCAGGUGACAAACCUCACAAGUGCCACCUCUGUGACAAGAGUUUUGGUUUAGCGUACUUGCUCCGUGACCACCUGAACACCCACACCGGGGAGAGGCCCCACCGUUGCCAAGAGUGCCACAAGUCAUUCCCCUGGCUCAGCAGUCUGCUUGUCCAUCAGAAGAUCCACGCACGUAAGCGACAAGGACUGAGCCAGUCCUACUCUCCAUUUGUUCUUUCCCAGAGAGGGAGGACGAGAGGUAUGGGAAGCAGGAGCAGAAGGAGCAGUAAGUGGAUUUCGAGCUGGUCAAGGACAGGGGGAGAUACGGGAUGGCUCCAGGAUCCUUUCCCUGGUCAGAUUUUGCAGGGAUUGCCGCUGCCAAACCUCAUAGGGCAACAGUCAUCCGACUUUGAUUCAGACGUGCAUGAGCAAACACAGCCGAGUUCACAGCAGUCCUUGCAGCCCUGGCGGACAGAGAACCCGUCGAGGCCCAUUCAGCUGCAGCAACAGUGGCAAGUACAAAUUAAACCUCAACUCCAGCGCCAACAUCAGCCCAAAUGGAUAUCUGAACGACAGGCGAGUGAUGAUAUGCAGCUGUGGAAUGCAGGAGUACAUCUUAAACCUAUCUUGCCAAAGCUGGAGGGUAUGCCAAACCUCCCACAUCAACAGAGCCCUGGCUGGGCCAAUGAGCCGCUGUCGGCUCAGGUCGGCCCGGCUCCCAGGCAGGUCCCAGAGAACUGCACAGCACAAGGUAAAGGUGUCGUAGCUUUAGUGAGUAAAACCUCCCCUGCGGGUUUGAUUUCUAGCCCGUCAAAAGCAAGGAAUGAGAACGAGCAAAAGGCACAGCUACAGCACAUUUUCUCAGUGGGUUUGGCAACACCCAAGUCACCAUGUGAUGCAGAUGGGCUGCAUUCAUCGAAUGUGAAAACGCAUUCACCAGAGUCAAAGCCUCAGAAUUCCCUAAACCAGUUGCUGAACAUUCAAGGCCAGUUAUCGCAUUGGCCUGUUUUCUCUGAUAUCACCCAAAACACCAAAACUGAACCUCUUGGUCCCACAGAAAAGGACAACACCAUUGCUUUUCGUUUGAAAACACCAGUUGGCACAAUGCAGGCUAAAAAUGAAUCUGACAAACUUAUUAACAAUAGAGAUGAGCCACCCAAAGGACAGCAAUCAACUAUUCUGGCCAGCCAAAUAUCCAUUUCAACACAAACGGGCAAAAUAAAUGACACAAUGGAGUCCAACAUUUCUUCUCUUUUACAUGAGAAUAAGCCUUGGAAUUUUAGAGCUAAAGAAAUAUCAAAGACAUUGAACCUGCAGGAAAAACCUGUGAAUGAAACAGGUACACAACAGCCUCAGUUGCAUAUAAUGCAACACCCUUCACAACAGCAGCAGCAAAUGCAACUGGUCCUGCAGCCACAGCAGCAAAUGCAGCUCCUACAGCAGCCAUUACAGGACCAACAAUUACAGCAACAAUUAAAGCUUCUCCAGCAACAGCAGUUUCAUCCGCCACAGUUACCACAGCAACAGCCAAAUCAGAUGUCCCCUGCCUGGGUUAGCGCACCUCAGGCAAACCAGAUCGGACCAGUCAGUGUUCAAUUUGGAGCUGCUCGUUUUAUCCACAGGAACAGGAGUACCGUGUGGGGCUUCCAGACCACUCCGGUGGUUUCCCAAACUCUGUUAAAUGGACCAAUACAGCAGGGGCCUGUGGUUGCACAACAGCAAGUGCCUGUGGUUUCAGGUCCUCAGAUCCUCUUAAGUCAGACCUCUCCUUUCAUCACCCCACCGCUUGCUCUGCCGCCAUCACUUGCUUUGCCUGGCCCCCACCCCAUUCAUUCUGUGGCCGGGCAACUUUCAGGUUCAGCCCCUCAGAGUGUCUUUUUCACACCGCAGGGCAUCAUGAGUGAGAGAUCAGUACUGCAACAAGCCUUGUCCUCGUCCCAUUUAGCACAACGAACUGAACCACACAAACUUAGCAGCCAGGUGCCGUUCUCACCAGAUCGUCGUUUUCGUUGCAUGGUCUGUGGAUGCACGUUACAUGGAGAACUAGAAUUACAAAUGCACUAUAUGCAACAUGCACAGGGAGAGAUCUGACUUUUUUCCAAACUAAACACAUGAGGAACUGACUUUAGUUACAUUACAAGGCCCCACUACAUCUUCAUUUAAAUGGCUAUAGAGCUGCCAAAGUGACUGUUAUAGAUCGAAUACAUGAAGUUGUUCCUGAAUGACUUAAUCCUCAGUGCAUUCUGAUUGCUUGAGAUGUGGUAUUCCUCCUGAAGUGAUCCUCAGUAAUUAGUUCAUGGUAUGAUAUCUGCAAAAUGUUGAACGUUUACUGGUUAAAGAACCUAACUGAAUUUAUUUUGUCAGCUGAACUGAAAUGGAAAUGUUUUCUAGCCUAAUGUGUUACUUUCUUUUGCACUUUUUUUUAACCCAUGGCCUUAUGUUUUCAUUAUAAAACAUUGCUAUGGAUUGUUUUGAGCAGUUUAACUUUAUAAUUUUAAUACUCCAAAUUAUUAUUGAUGGACAAUACAUUUCCCUUUUGAAUCAGGUUGAAUGCUUAUACAAUACGCAUAAAAUGUUAUUCUACUGUAUGCACACAUCAUUAGACCAUGGACUGUGUAAGCAUUUGUCAUCUAGUAAAUUUUCUGCAAGUUUUUGUCUGUUCAGUUUUAAGCAGUUUUUUCCUCUAUUCUGUAAGGCAUUUUGUCAAACCUCUGAGACAUUGAACUUAAGUUUGUACUUAAGUUAAUGCUCCAUCUGUUGUUUUAAUGUUGCCCGGAUAUGUUAUAAAACCAAAACAUAUUACAGGAUGAAAAUAACAAUUAGACCCCAUCACUAGGUUCUUGCAAUGUUAAAAUAAGUGAAAUGCUUGGUCAUGUGUCUACCUCCGUCUUAUUGUUGUAGCUUUAGAUUCAAUAAAAUUUGACAGACUUGACAGGUUUGAUUAUUUUAAGUGCCAGAUAUCUAAAUGAAUUGCCAG